GCCCUCUUCUGCUUCCUCCAGCACUUCCUCGCGUCAACAGUCCCUCUCUCACUCAUUUCCUUAACGAAAACUCGUCCUAAUAAUUAAGAAUGAAUCCCCAGAGAUUCGACAAUUAAAAGAAAUCUCAUUUCAUUGUUCAAACACUCCAGCUGCUCCAAAAACAAAAUAAUAACCUCUAGAAAAUCCAAAACUCUGCAGUAUCGACGCAGCAACAAUACAAAAACUAGCCGGACAGUCUGAUAAAGUUCCUCUAAACAACAAAGAAUUCUCUAUCAAAUCACCUUGAUCCUCUCUAAAAACUCGUCAGAAACCUUCAGGCUCCGAAUCGACUGAUGAUGGCUCUGAGGCUCAUCUAAACCCCUCAGACCUUUAAGAAAAAAAAACAAAAUAUGUGGAGUUCUGUGAGAUCGAGCACUCGUCCCUUGCUUCGGCUGAGGCGCUUGAAGAGGCCCUCGAGGACCUUCCUCUCGGCCUCCUACCCUUGCACCGAUGCCUGGAACAAGAGAUUCGAGUCCCCUCUCCUCAGCAAGAUCAAUCCCAGUGACAUGUUCCUGGAGCUCGACCAGAAGUACCAGAGCACAGGAUCGAUAAGUGCAGUGGACGUCGACAUCUUCGCCAACACUGUCAAGGACGACGAGAGGGUGGACGAGCUAGUGGACAUCCUUCACAAGUUGAGGCUCACGAUGCAGACGACCAGCACACUUGACUCAACCCACCACGCAGUUGUCAAGUACUUCCUGGAGAUGGACGAGAAGACGUUGCUGGAAGUUUUGAAUGACCGGUUGAACUACGGAAUCUUCCCGGAUCAUUUUUCCUACAAUUUGUUGAUGGAUACGUUCAUAAAGAGAAAGGAUUUUGCCUCUGCAGCAAAGGUCGCUACUCUCCUGAUGCUCCAAGAGGAUCAGGAGCACCCGAUCUGCAAUGCUCUUGCUGUGUACUCCUGUCACAAGUACCUGGAGAACACCGAGGGCUGGGGACCACCGCCUCCACCCCCUCCGGUCGACCCCAAGGAGGAGGUGGUGAAGGUGAGGGUGAGAUACCUGAGGAAUCCUUACUUCGAUGAUCAUUUUGAUCUGACGGAUCCGAAGCAUCUAGUUGGUAAGACCUUCGUUUUCUUCGGGAAGAGCAUGGAUGAUACCCUGGGGAGGUCCCUGGUUCUGAGGGGAUACGUCCUGUGGGGGAAGUUUGAGCGAGCUGCUGAGGUGGGCCAGGGGUGGGUUGAUGGAAAUGUAAAGGACGUAGUUUAUAAGGAGGCACUGGAGCUCGUGACGAAGGACCUGGAGGGAGUUGAAGGGGAAACGACGGGCGAGGAUGUGGAGAAGGUGAAGGAAGUCCUGGGAAAACUCCAGGGGAUGACGCUGAAGGAGGGGAGUAUGGAGGGAGAGAUGGAGGAGAGGAUCAAGAAGGCUGUUGUGGAGAGGGAGCAGGGGGAUAUCGAGGAGCAGUGCAAGCUUUAUGAAGAGUGGGAAAAAAUCCGAAUGGAUCUCCUUCAAAAACAACUGGCAGAAAUCGACAGACAGCAGAGACUCAAGGACGUUGAGGCGAUGAAGAAAGACCUGCAAGUGCGAGAAAGACUCCUGACGUUCUUCGAGAACGAAGAGAAGCUCGAGCUCCAGAUUGAGGAGAAACUCAAAAUAGAAGAUGAGAUGUACGGGCCACCAAUCGAGGUCAAGGAGGACACCGAAGACAACUACAUACCCCCAGAAGUUGGGCAGCAAUCCACCAAGAAUCGUAUUUAAUUCAUUCAAUCAGUACGUUUUAUGUAGAUAUCUCCAUUUUUCAAAGAAAAAUUUAAUAAAUUCUCCUCGAAUAUUAAUGUUUA